AUGGAGCGUCCGCAACGAAUCCCGCCAAAGGUCUCGACUGACGUUGUGCGGCUCUCAUACUUCUUCUUUGCGAUUUGGUGGUUCAUCAUCCUUGCCGUUCACGUGGUUACGUGUCUCUACAAUGCGGUGUACGCCUACUGCUACUGGAAGCUCAAGACCACGUACCUGAACGUCUGCCUCGAGUUCUACAAGAUUGGCAUGCCUCAACCUUAUCACAAUGCCAUCGCUAUCACGCACGUAGUAAUGUCAGCCAUCCACGGGGUGUGCAUCUUGCUAAUGUUGACUGGUUCCAUUUGGCUCCGUUCUCUGGCGUUUACCCCGUGGUCUUCAAGAGCCGUUGGUCCUGAAGUACCAACUGAACCAACGAACUCUUUCUUCGACCGCCUAGAGGCAUUUUACGACAGAGUUACGUAUCCAUUCAGCGUUUUUGGAGUGAAAGGGAAAUACUUUGAAGUCGCGCUCAUAUCUCGUGAAGUCGUCGAGACAGCACUGCAGACUGUUCAAGCCUAUCGAAUGAGUGCGUUACUGCCACGAGUUCUCUUGAAUCGAUUUUACGUCGUCUUACUCGUGAUUAAUUGCUGGACAUCCCCACUAAUUGACGUCGCCAUCUACAAACACGACAAAGCCCGCAGAAGAUUCGUGUGUACCGUACUCGACUGCUUGCUGGACCUCAUGGCUUCUAUGGGGAUUGAGCUGAUAGUGCUGCUGGAAUACGUGAAGGACUACGAUCCGAAAGUGCAGGGGUUUAGCGGGAUUAUCUGGUACAACGACGAGUGGGUCGCUCGUGCCUUGAACGAAUUCCAGAUGAUCGUCGUCGUUUCCUGGUCGGAUCUUGUGAGUCGAAUAAUUUUCUCGCUCGGGUUGGUUGUUACUACGCUUAGCAUGAGGACAUUGAUAUCGCGUCUACCUCGGAAGAGGAACCGCAUUUUAUCACGAGCGGAUGCUGCCAACACCGAAAAGUGGCGGGCGUAUCAUGCUAACAGUAAACUCCUUCAAGCAGCUCACCUAAUGUUUGCGGUUUGGGGGUUCGUGAUACUCGGACUUCAUAUCCACGCAUCGAUGCGACCGACACUCCCUCAAUGCCUGAUGCAAGUCAGACCAUGGACGGCUUCCCUCCCCUCCUGCUAUCUGGCUGGACUUGAUUGCCAUACUUUAGAAAUAUCCGGCAAUAUGCAACAAGUGCAGGAUAAAUGGAGUGAGUUUGACGCCUCCACAGUUGUCCAGCUCCUGAUCCGACACUGUCCUGAGCUUGAAGUGCCCGACAUCUUCAGCGACUUCCACAACCUCCGAGGCGUCAAAGUGUACAACUCAACUAUCAUUGACUGGGGCGAGUCUGCAGCCAUCACGAAUACGAACCAUCCUCAAGUGGCAACAUUGUUCAUCGUCCGUGUGAAUAUGACGGACGGUUUGUUGCCGGCAGGGUUCCAGUCGGAGGAUUUCCCCCAAAGUUUGUAUGAUAUCGAGAUAUGCGUCACCAACCUGCGCGACUUACCCCCUGACUUGGAUCAUAAAUGGCUGGAAGGGGCGAUUAUCCAGGUGGAAUACAGCGAGUUAAGGAGCGCUCCAUUGGUAUUGGCACGACUCAACCCGUUCUACCUGUACUUGACUGGGAAUCCAAUGAGGGAACUCCCACCCGAGGUGUUUGAAAUCGGCGGCAUGGUGUACUUAGGCGUCGGCGACAUGGACAUCUCCGAGUUGCCGCCCAACGUG